UUUACUUUAACCAAGGUCUGAUUUACAUUACUAGUCGAACAUUCCUCCCAGGCUGCCUCAGCUCUCAGGGGCAGCAAACGUCCCAAACGGAGGCUGCAGGAUCCCUGGGAGAGUUCCCAUUACGGUCUUACAAGCUAUUAAUGCGUGUGCUUAUAUGGAUGAGCUUUUCUCUUAGAACGUCGUAUUCAUUGUAAAAUUUGGUCUGGAAGACACCACAGAGAAAGCUGAGUGAACAGCUUACACAUCCUGCAGUGGCGAGUCUGUCCUCCCAGGAAACUGCAGGCCCUUCCCAGCCCCAGAAAGGUUGCUUUCCUCUGGACAGGGGACUUGGCCCCUCUCCUGACACCCAGCUCAGACUGGGUACUCAAUGAAUGGAUGGAUCUAGUCCAAGCCAUUGUCUCCUAGAUAUGAUGGUCCCCAGACCCAAAGAAGUGAGAUUCCCUGUCCAAUUCCACCAGGGCCUCACUCCCAAUCCAGAGUGUUUGCAUAAAACCCGGUUGCUUGUUUUUAGAGCCACAUUAGUGUGGGCUGGAAUCAGACUUUACUAACCCCCGCCGUGCCACCCUGGGCCAGGAGCUCACCUCAUUUGCAAAAAUGGGAGGAACGGGGACCACCUUAAAGGGUUGUGGUGAAGGAUUUAUAACUUGAUGCACGCAGAGUACUUAGCAUAAGGGCCGCCCCUGGCGGAGAAUGAGGCCAUUUUGAUGGCGACGAAAGGGGGGGGGGGCGCCGGCGGGAAACCAGAGGUGGGGCAGCGGAAGGGGUGGGCGAGAGUUCCGCGUGGCGCCCGGCGGGGUGGCAGCGCAGCUCCCACGAGGUCCGGUCGAGAUCGCCCCGCAGAAGCCUGGCCUUACUCCCGCAGCCGGGUCUCUGCGUGGGGUGAGCGGCCGCCGCCGCGGGGCAGCGCCGCGAGGACCUUUGGACGCUCCCGCGGACGCCCCGCCCCGGAAACAUGCCCCCCGCCGCCUUGGCGCGCUUUUGAAAGUCUCUUCCCUUUCUCUUGUACUUCUCGCAGGGUCCGGGUUGCUCGGCGAGCUCAGUUCUCUCUCGUUAGCCCUGCGGGUGCCCCCCUCCGGGCGCAGCGAUGAGGCGGACCCGCGCGGAGGUGGACGCGACGCUCCAGAUCGCCAAGCUGAAUGCGGCCGAGCUGCUGCCGGUGGUGCACUGCCUGGGCUUCGGCCCCGGGGCCGGCGCCGCUGCCGGCGACUUCUGCCUGCUGGAGCUGGAGCCCGCGCUGUGCCAGCAGCUGGAGGCCGGGCACAGUCUUGUGAUUCGGGGUGAUAAAGAUGAGCAGGCUGUGCUGUGCAGUAAAGACAAAACGUAUGACUUGAGAACAGCAGACACUUCCAAUAUGUUGCUUUUUAUUCCUGAUUGUAAAACUCCGGACCAGCUGAAGAUGGAGGAAACGCAUUGUAACAUUAUUCACACUGAGAUCUUUGGUUUUUCUAAUAAUUAUUGGGAAUUAAGAAGAUGCAGACCUAAAUUAAAGAAGCUAAAGAAGCUUUUGAUGGAAAAUACCUAUGAAGGACCCGACAGUCAAAAAGAAAAGGAUUCAAAUCAUUCAAAAUAUACAACUGAAGAUUUGCUUGAUCAAAUUCAGGCAAGCGAGGAAGAAAUGAUGGUCCAGUUACAAGUUCUAAAUGCCUGUGAGAUUGAAGGUUAUUGGAGGAUUCUUGAAUUCGAUUAUGAGAUGAAACUUCUGAAUCACGUAACUCAGCUUGUGGAUUCUGAAUCUUGGUCUUUUGAUAAAGUUCCUUUGAAUACUUGCCUUCAGGAACUUGGACCAUUGGAGCCAGAGGAAAUGAUUGCACACUGUCUUAAAUGUUAUGGAAAGAAAUAUGUAGAGGAAGGUGAAGUUUAUUUUGCACUGAGUGCUGAUAAAAUAUGCAGAGCAGCAGCACAGAUGCUACUUCAGAAUGCAGUGAAAUUUAACCUCGCUGAGUUUCAAGAAGUGUGGCAACAGAGUGUUCCCGAAGGAAUGAUAACUAGGCUUGAUCAGCUUAAGGGAAAAGUGGACAGAAGAAGACAUUGCUCCAUAUAUUCAAGAUUUGUGUGGAGAGAAGCAAACCAUAGGUGCAUUACUCACUAAAUAUUCUCGCUCUUCAAUACAAAAUGGUGUUAAAGUUUACAAUUCAAGAAGACCCAUUUCUUAAAAGAACAACAGUCUGUUCUUUGGGACUAAAGUUGCUUCAUAAAAUUGACGGUUAUAAGAAAAAGAUUAUUGCAUAUAUUUGUAUUCCAGAUUUUAAAAAACAUACUUUGAAACAUUUUUCUCCUAAUCCUAAGCAUUUUGAAACUAUUGCUCUUUUUCCCUUAAAGGUAAUAGGAUAUUUCUAUAUCUUUCAAGUUAUUUUUUCAUUAUGCAUACAGUGUAAACAAGGACAAAAGAAAGUUAUUCCCUAUAUUUAGUAUAUCUCGAGUCUAUGUGGUUUUAUUUAUAGAAAAGUGUUGCCUUUUUUAUAUGUAAAGUUGCAUUCCUUUAAUUAGGAUUUGACGUUCUAAUCAUUAACAAAUUUAAAGGCUUUUUCAGAGGACUAAAUAGUAAUAGUUUCCUAGAAGAGUAAUUAUUCACUUAAAUGUCAUUUCUCAAGUGAUUUCCUCUCUAUUUUCAACAUUCCACCAAGACAGGGAGUCACUAGAUCCUCUCUGUUACCUAAAUUAGUCAUUUGCAUUGAUGAAAUUGGCUUGGUAAUAGCUGCUGUGUUGCUUGGCUGAUGUCCAUGUGCACUUUGGGAUGAAAUGGAUUUGAUACUCAAUCUUAGGUGAAGAAUACUAAUAGAGCAAUUUAUAAUCCUGUAAUGGAGAAAACUGACACGGGUAGUACUGGAAAACUACAAGUAAUGUCUAAUGGAUUUUGGAAUGUUUUAAAGUUCUUUUAUAGCUUUAUUUUCCUGAUUUGCAUUCAUUUAGACCAAAGGUCAAAUUAAUUUUAACUUAGCUAAUAAACUUGUCACCAGGACAGUUUGCGGGCUUAGGCCAAAGAUAAAUCUGAUCCAAGGUUAAAAAAAUGUUAAUGGGUAAUCCACAAUUACCUAACCAAGAUUUAACUGUUACUGAAAUUUACAACUGUUCUAUUCUCUUGUACAUGAACUGCAAAUGUUGAUGGCUUCAAAAUAUUUGUCUUUUCAAUAAAUGUUUUGUAUGUAUGUAAAAUUAUUUGAAAAAAAA